GGACACGGUAAAUAGUUGGCUCUGAUCGAGUGGCCUUGCGUUAUAAUCUCGCCGAUGACUUUUUCUAGAAAUAGUAAACAGCGAUGUGAAGGACUAGAUCCACGUGGAAAUGACUCCGGCUUUAUUUACAUACAUAUUGCGGUCGUACUGACUCGAUCAACAAGUAAACAACCCUGCUAAGUGUUAGCUUAUUAGCAAGCUUGGAUGUUUACUAUUAAUCCUACGCACUCCGGCGCUGCACGGACCUCCGUCGGUAUUUCAUCGGGAAUUAGGAGCAAUUCAAGUGUGUAAGGUCUUUGCGUUAGGAUGUUUUUGGUGGGUCUAACAGGAGGCAUCGCCUCAGGUAAAAGCGCAGUGUCCUCAAUGCUGCGAGAGCUUGGAUGCCCCAUUAUUGAUGCCGAUAUGGUGGCCAGAAAAGUGGUGGCGCCCCACAGUGUUGCUUACAACCGUAUCGUCUAUCACUUUGGGUCAGAGAUCCUACUGGAGAGUGGAGAGAUUGAUAGGGAGAAACUUGGUCAACUCAUUUUUGCCAAUGAGGAGAAGAGGAAACUGCUGAACUCCAUCACCCACCCAGAGAUCCACAAAGCCAUGCUCAAACAGAUCCUGCUUUACUUCCUCAGAGGGUACCGGUACGUGGUGCUGGAUGUGCCCCUGCUCUUUGAAACGCGACGUCUCACACAGUUUCUGAAGCACACUGUCGUGGUCUACUGCGACCCUGCCACUCAGUUGUCGCGCCUGAUGCAGCGGGACAGCCUGACCCAGGCGCAGGCCGAGCAGCGUGUGGCCACCCAGAUGCCGCUCAACGAAAAGCGUGGCCUGGCCAAGCAUGUCAUCGAGAACUCGGGCAGCCGAGAGGACACCCACCGGCAGGUCCUGAGGCUUCACACCAAACUGGAGGACUCCAUGGAGUUCCUUUUAGUGAGGGUCAUCGCUAUCGCUGCCACUGCUGGCCUGGGAGGGAUUCUGCUGUACGCAGCCAAGAUGCUGGUGUCCUAGCAGAGGAAAUGACAGCUGCAAGCCAGGGGCGUGGUGGAAAACAAGGCAUGGGCAGGUGGGAGGAGCCGGCGCAGUAUACUGUGAGAUUGGUGUCGCAGCACUGCAGCUCAGCAGUGCGCCUCGCUCUCUUUUUACAUAUGCUUUUGGCGAGAGUUUAUACUGACCUACAUUGUUACUAUAUAACUUGCACUGACAAAUAUGUUUUUAGCGACACGGAAGGGUUUUGUGUGCAAUUUAACUGGAUCCUCAGUGAUAAUUUGAAGGAAUUGAUGGGCAAAUCUUAAAGCCUGCUAGGAUUUUUAGUUUGGUGCAGCACUCAGCAAAUACCAAGCGUCAGUAAAAAUGAUCAAAGAUGAUAAUAGGAGCGAUGAGAUUAUAAUUUAUUGUCACACAUCUGGUGAAUUGUCUUCCCCACCAAUGUCAUAUUUAGCUCAAUUUUUGGGGUUGUUAAUAGAAAAAGACAUUAUACAAGGAGGAGCCGAUGAUCAAGUGAAAAAGGUUUUACUUUUAUGCUAUCUGCGAUGCACUGUAGUCACCGUGAUUUAGGAAGUUUUAAUUUUGGAGUUUUACUCAUUUAUUUAAUCACUCAACAGAGCCUUCUUCUGACAUGAAUCAUCUGGAUUGUUUAAGACAAUGCAUACCGGCACAAAAUGACAAUAUUUUCCUCAUGUUAAAUUGGUUGAUUUGAGUUGUUCAGUGGGGAUAGCCACUGAAUGUCAUUUAAAGUACAAAUAGUCUUGACUGUUGGAGAGCGUUUUAAAAGUUGUGUUUUAUGGACCGGAUAGAAAAAUGAAAUGCGUGAUAAACUCGAGAUGAUGUGUUUGACAAUCCACUUUUCAAGCAAGUAAUGUGAAUUCACUUUUAAGGAUGUGAGAUGCGAUUAACUAUAUCAAUAAGCAGACUUUGUAUCUAUCACUUUCUUUUUCUUACACUUGAAGCUGUCUUCAGCACAUACUAAAUCGAUACUGUUUUUUCAGGUAUGUACAACCUCACUUCGAACUAAUGGACCUAAUUUGUUAGAUCAGCUGCCUGUCAGACGAAUGUAAAUUAUAAUACACUAUUGUUUUAAGGUAACC